GUUAUAAGUCUAUCGAACGCCCGUGUCUCUGCAGUGGGAACAUAAUCUGCUGAUGAUGAUGAUGAUGACUAUAAUGUUAAAACAACAUGCAAUAAAGUAUUUAUAAAUAAAUAAAUAAAUAAACGUAAGAGUCAACUGAAUAUUUUCUUCAACAAUAUGCUGUACCAAAUAUAUUUAAUACCAUUUUGGGCAAUAUACACACUCUCCUCACAUAUCGAUAAAAACAAUUCAGAUGUUAUAGUCACUUAUACUGGUCAUAGCGAAGUUAAGGACUCUAUACCACAGGCUAUACAUAAACACGAGGAAAAUGUACAUUCAGAUUUAGAAAAACCAAAACAAAACGAAGACAGAGAUACAGAUAUGAAUGAGAGAGAAAGAGAUAAACAGAGUGAUCCAACUGAAGGUAAUGAUGUAGUUUUCAUACCAAAUGAUAAGGAGGUUAUAAGGAAUGAAGAUUACAAGAAUGUUGGAGUAAAGGAUAUGAUUGGUGAAACCAAUAUUGAUGGGAUUAUGCGGCAUGUGAAAGUUGAUACUGAAUCACCAAACCACGACAUAAUAUUCAUAUCUGGUAAAAACGAUGAAAACAUCGAAAAAACUAAAGAGAAACCGAACACACAACAGAAAACGGGCAAGAAAGUAAAAUUGAAUUGUAACAACUUGGAUUGUAAUAAUACAGUGGACACUGUUUGUGGAGGGAAAGAGGAGGAGAGAAAGUGGAAAUAUCGUUUAUUUAUGAACGAGUGUUACUUUAGAAAAGUUAAUUGCGGUUUUAAACACACUAGUAAUAGAUACAAAAUAAUGCCAAUGGAGAGUUGUAAGAACAUUGGUGGACGGUAUUCAAGUAGACCAUUUGUGUAUGUUCCUCAACCUGUGGCCAGUAGAAUUAAUGAAACGCGAAGAAGUUUCUCGUCUAGAAGAUCACUAAACAUGGCUAUAGACGGUACAUUCUGCUCCCACUCAUGUCCUCUCCAUUGCACAGAAGAUUACGACCCACAAUGUGCUAUGUCCGCGACGGGUGAGAGACGAGUGUUUUUGAACCAUUGUAAACUGGACUAUGAAUCUUGUUUUUAUAAUGCUGUAUGGCAUCGCCGUCCCCUCUCUGAGUGUGUAGGAGGCAAAAAGGCAGACAUGCGACAAAACAGAGGCUUCAUAGGAUGGUUACAACGCGUCGGAAUCGUCGAUAAACGGGGUCGACUUGUUUUAUCAUAAAUAUAAUAAAAUUAUUAUAAAAAGUU